AUGAAGCAGAUGUCCGGGGCCCGCGGGAAGGAUUGUGUGUGUAUUGGUGGAAUGCCGCCAGAGCACAAAGUUAUCCUGGGACUGGUCAGUGCAGGAAAGACCACCAUUCUCUACCAGUUCCUGAUGAACGAAGUGGUCCAUACACACUCCACCAUCGGCGGCAAGGUGGAGGAGGCUGUCCUGCAGAAGACUCAUUUCCUCAUGUGGGACUUCAGGGGACAGGAAGCUCUGAACGCUGUCUGGACUGUGGACUACUUCAACGUGGAGUUCAUCAUUCUUGUGAUUGACAGCACUGACGGGCAGCGACUGCUGACCAGGGGUGAGCUCCACGAGAUACUGUCCCAUGAGGACUCACGGGAUGCUUCUGUUCUGAUCUUUGCCAACAAGCAAGAUAUGAAGGACUCUAUGACCACUGUGGAAAUCUCCUAAUUCCUCACCCUCAGUAACAUCAAAGAUCACCCAUGGCACAUACAGGGUUGCUGUGCACUCACCAGAGAAGGGCUGCAGGAGGUGCUGCAGCAGCUGCAAUUGCAGGCCACUGUCAGCUGA